UCAACCUACUUUGACGUAUCGAAGCCGCGAAUUUUUUUUUGCAGCCAGUACUACCAGCUUUGAAAAUGGGGGUUCUAAGGAACAAAAGCUUCGAGGACGAACGCCAGCGCCGCCUCGAGAGACCUCCAAGCCGGGAGAUAGAAGAAGGACCCCGCGCUUCAGGGUCAGGACCCAUGCCUGUGGUUCCUCGCGGCCGAGCCACCGAACCGCAGCCCCUUCCUCCAUCCAUGGAAGAUAUGGACAAAUACAUGGAGUAUCUCCAUGAGAUGAUCAAGAAACCUCACAGUCCUGAGGAGAUUGAGGACCUGAACCGGGUCUUCCGUCAGACCUUCAAUGAAAUGAAGGAGCUACUUGAAUACGCCAAAAACAAGUACAAGUAAUUCCUGAAGAAUUCUCGUACGUGUCAAAUCGCGCUUGUGUUUUUAACGAGUCUGGUAUUUCAUAGAUUCGUUGGAGCCUUGCGCGAAUAAGUGUAUUCAGUUCGUCUUUGUAUCGUGGUAUUUUUUAUAUGAGUUUUUAUUGUUGUGAAAAAAAAGGUCUCCUUUUGGCUCAAACUUUUCAUUGUUUUAUUAAAUCUAUCUGUGUAAA